UUCGUCAAGUUCUCGAGAGCGCUACCUAACCCAAACCCUAAACCUUACCCUAACCUAACCCACAAUCCGCAUAUGACGUCAUUUUGUGCUAGACCGUCUUCGAUCUAGCGUUAGUGCCGAAUUUAAUGGGUUUUUCCAAUAGAAAGUGAAAGUUAAUAAAAUGACUGAAUAUUUCAGUAAAAGUGAUAGAUAUCGGGAAGAUUUAAGACGGAAUCUACCAGAUCUUAUUAAACAAAUUCCUACUAAAGAGAUUUUACCGCACUUAAGAUGCCUUAGCGACUCUGACAUGGAAAAGUAUACAAAACAAUUGGAGAGGGAAUCUGAAGCGCACGUUAAUACUGAUUUGUUAUUGAAAUUACCCAAAUGUGAAUACUGGUUUCGUCAUUUAAAAGAUGCUCUAUUCACAUUAGAACGAUAUCACAUCAUAGACCUAUUAAACUGGUGGGAUAUGGAAGAUGGUGGGAGUGAUAGAAGAACAAGUGCAGCAAACCAACCAACCGUUAGUCCUUCGUUUAAUCAAAGAAGGGGAGAUGAGGAAAGGUAUUUUACUAAUAAUGGUCGGGGUCGAGGUGGGGGUGGCGUUGGGUAUAAUAAAAUUCUAAAAAGGAGGGGUGGUGAAUCCGUGGAUAGACAUGAGAGGACAUCAAGCCUUGACAGUAGAAGAGCAAAUAAUUCAGGUGAAUUCCAAUAUCAAAAGAACGACCUCAGUUGUACAGGUUUGCCUAAUAUUCCAGUUACUCAUGAUACUGAUGGUGAACGCUUGGAUAGACAUGAGAGGGCAUCAAGUCUUGACAGUAGAAGAGCAAAUAAUUCAACUGAAUUCCAAUAUCAAGAACCAGUAAGUAAUAUAACUAAUAAUAAUUGGUCUGUAGAUGACAACGUAGUUACCACAAAGAACCACUCAAGGACUAGUGUUGAGAUCCAACAACAAAAACUUGAUUCCUAUUCCAAACAAAACAAAAUUCAAAAAUCAAUCCAGAAUUCUUCUGUAGAAUUAAGAAACAUGAAUCCCCAUGAUAAUCUACCCGUAAACAGCAGUCAAAAUUCUGAUAAUGAAUCAGUAGAAUUAAGGAGUACAGAUCUGUCAAGGGAUAACAUUAAUUUGGAUAAAUCGGGUUAUGUAAAAGAACUGAUAAAAUCUACGCUGAAGAAUCCAUACCUUAUUCAUAAUUCAAAAGGAGAAAGGCAACAGGAAGAUAAUGGGAGCAAGUACACAUUUCAGUGCAGAGACAUUGCGGAAAUACCAAAUAAUCCUAGCAAUAUAAAUAGCAGUCAAAAUUUUAAUAAUGAAUCUGUAGAAAUAAGUACAGAUGUGUCAAGGGAUAACAUGAAUUUGGAAAAAUCGGGUUAUGUAAAGGAACUGGUAAAAUCUGCGCUUAAGAAUCCAGAACUUAUUCAUAAUUCAAAAGGAGAUAGGCAGCGGGAAGAUAAUGGUUUUCAAACAAGGGGGAACUGCAGUGUUGUAAAUACCGAAGAUCAAAAGAAAAAUAUCAAUUCUGACAGGUUAAUUAAACAGAUAACAAAAGAGUUAAAGCAGCAGCAUGAUGCAUAUCAAGAAAAUGAGGAAAAACCAUUCUUAAAUCCCGAUUCUGAAAUAACCGAUCAGAUACGCGAAAACCAGACCAAUCAGUCACAGUUGAAUUUAUAUGAAGAUAACUCCGGUGAUAUUAGGGAGAAUGUGACUUCACUCACAACUACCACAAACACAGGCUGCUCUCCGCCGAAAGCAAAUUUACCGCGCAGAGGCAUUCCGGAAAUACCAAAUAAUCCUAACAAUACCAGUUGUAUGGGGAUGAAUGGAAAUGGUGGCCAUUUCACUUCAUUUGGUGGUUCUACAUGUAACGCGUUAAACACUUCCUCUACCACUGAUCUGCAGAACGAACCAAGCCGUGAAGUUGCAGUUUUCCGCAACAAUCAAGCAUUACCCAAUAAUCACAUAGAUGCUACUAAUCGAGGUGUCUAUAAUGUAGCCCAGCCUUCAUCAACAGCUCAUUCAAUCAACAGUGGUGCUAACACUCCCAGCUGCGCCUCUACGAUCGAUCAGCUGAACCGUCCAAGGAGUGAGAUCGUGGUGUCACAGAUACAAAAUAACACCCCAACAACAGAGCUUGAAGUUCCACCAGGAAAUGAAGUUGAUGUUUCACAGACCACUGCCAACAAUAACGAAGUGUCAUUUAACACCAGAAGCGCAAUUAAUGGAGCAACAUAUGACAAUGCAAUGUUUUCAACCCUGAGUUCUCCAAACAGUUUUUACAAUAAGUUGGUUAGCACUUCUUCCUCGACAAUAAAUUUUCAAGGUGAAGUUGUAGUUACGUCACAGGACACUACCAGUGGUAUUGGCACUGUCAUCACUUCCACAACAACUGAUAUACAGGACAAACCUGCAGUAAUUAACGGAAGACUGCAUGACACUGGGGUGUCUUUAGCUACAGUUGUUUCGCAAACAGCUUCGAAUUCCGCCCAAAUACCAAGCGGUACUAAUACUGACGAAUAUUCGUCUAGAGAAUCUGCCAAUACAACAUCAACUGUGGAUCCUACAGGUGUGUCUGACAGAGGUAGGAUAAGAAAUGAACUUAGAAUUUCGGGCAUGGUUGAUGGUGGCACUGAUGAAUCAUCAACAUUCAGUGGUGUAUCAAACUACCAGACCCUUAGUAACGACCUGAAUUUAUCUGGACCCAGCACAGCAUCCACCGUGGACCCUACAGGUUUGUCAAGAAGGGGUAGACUACGAAAUGAAAUCAGAAUAACCGAUACAGCUGAUGGACAAAAUGGCGAUACUGAUAGAAUAAGAGAAAAUGAAUCAACGACACGCAGUAAUCCAUUUGAUAAUGAACAAUGUGAGGAAACAUCAGAGAACGAAGUAAAUGCAUCAGUAUUGUCCAGUGAAUAUCCAAUGAAUUUUGAGGAUGAAGAAAACACUGGGGUGUCUUCAGCUACAGUUGAUUCGCAAACAGCUUCGAAUGCCGCCCAAAUACCAAACGAUACUAAUACUGACGACUAUUCGUCUAGAGAAUCUGCGAGAACAACAUCCACUGUGGAUCCAACCGGUGUGUCUGAAAGAGGUUGGAUAAGAAAUGAACUUAGAAUUUCGGGCAUGGCUGAUGGUGUCACUGAUGAAUCAUCAACAUUCAGUGGUGUAUCAAACUACCAGACCCUUAGUAACGACCUGAAUUUAUCUGGACCCAGCACAGCAUCCACCGUGGACCCUACAGGUUUGUCAAGAAGGGGUAGACUACGAAAUGAAAUCAGAAUAACCGAUACAGCUGAUGAACAGAAUGGCGACACUGAUAGAAUAAGACAAAAUGAAUCAACGACACGCAGUAAUCCAUUUGAUAAUGAACAAUGUGAGGAAACAUCAGAGACCGAAGUAAAUGCACCAGUAUUGUCCAGUGAAUAUCCAAUGAAUUUUGAGGAUGAAGAAAACACUGGGGUGUCUUCAGCUACAGUUGAUUCGCAAACAGCUUCGAAUGCCGCCCAAAUACCAAACGAUACUAAUACUGACGACUAUUCGUCUAGAGAAUCUGCGAGAACAACAUCCACUGUGGAUCCAACCGGUGUGUCUGAAAGAGGUUGGAUAAGAAAUGAACUUAGAAUUUCGGGCAUGGCUGAUGGUGUCACUGAUGAAUCAUCAACAUUCAGUGGUGUAUCAAACUACCAGACCCUUAGUAACGACCUGAAUUUAUCUGGACCCAGCACAGCAUCCACCGUGGACCCUACAGGUUUGUCAAGAAGGGGUAGACUACGAAAUGAAAUCAGAAUAACCGAUACAGCUGAUGAACAGAAUGGCGACACUGAUAGAAUAAGACAAAAUGAAUCAACGACACGCAGUAAUCCAUUUGAUAAUGAACAAUGUGAGGAAACAUCAGAGACCGAAGUAAAUGCACCAGUAUUGUCCAGUGAAUAUCCAAUGAAUUUUGAGGAUGAAGAAAACACUGGGGUGUCUUCAGCUACAGUUGAUUCGCAAACAGCUUCGAAUGCCGCCCAAAUACCAAACGAUACUAAUACUGACGAUUAUUCGUCUAGAGAAUCUGCGAGAACAACAUCCACUGUGGAUCCAACCGGUGUGUCUGAAAGAGGUUGGAUAAGAAAUGAACUUAGAAUUUCGGGCAUGGCUGAUGGUGUCACUGAUGAAUCAUCAACAUUCAGUGGUGUAUCAAACUACCAGACCCUUAGUAACGACCUGAAUUUAUCUGGACCCAGCACAGCAUCCACCGUGGACCCUACAGGUUUGUCAAGAAGGGGUAGACUACGAAAUGAAAUCAGAAUAACCGGUACAGCUGAUGAACAGAAUGGCGACACUGAUAGAAUAAGACAAAAUGAAUCAACGACACAAAGUAAUCCAUUUGGUGAUGAACAAAGUAACGAAACAUCGGAGAUCGAAGCAUAUGCACCUGAAUUUUCCAGUGAAUAUCCAAUGAACUUCGAGGAUGAAGAAAACAGAGGAGCGACGUUUGAUUUGGUUCAAAGUUUCCAUCCACCAGACUCAUUGAGUCUCGCAUCUCGAGUAGAUUCUUCGCCAUUUAACAUUGAGCCUCAAGAAAACAGAGAGACUACUUCUCGUUCGGUUCUAUCUGAUGACAGUCAAGGUUUUAAUCAGGAAGAUGAAGGGAUUAACGAACAUUUUUCUACGCAGGAAGAUCAACCUCUGACCGUACCGGAAGCAGGAUGGUUGUCUAGUUUGAACGUAUUUCCAUCCCUGUCUGAAAUUAUGAGCUAUGCUUUAGAUCGCUAACAUCAGAAUUAUGCGAGACUAUUUUAGGAAGAUUACAUGUGUGUAUGUGCCAUUAUAGAAGUCUAGAUUGUCAUUAAUUAUAAAUAACAAAUAAUCAAAUCCAUGACUAUGAACAAUUUUUAAGUCUCCAAUAAAUGGCUGGUUGACCUGGUACAAUGCAGACAAGAUCGGAUCUCAAAUAAACCUCCAAAAAUAAUGCAUACGUGGUAAUUCGGUAUGUAGGGGUUAUUUCUGUAACCAGUUGAUAAAUCCCAUGCACUCGAAUGGCGACCAGAUGAAAACUACUCUUUCUUUUAAGACCAUUUUGUCGAAUUCGUUGCUUGACAGUGGUGUCUAUAGGCUUGGCGAUGCCUGAGCCCAACCUAAUCAUAGUCAACUCUCAAGUAUGGGGUCUGGUACUCCGCGAUCCGUCUGCAGACAUAGAUUCGUUUACUGCAUACUUCGAGAAUAGAUAUCUGCUUUAAAUGGCCGCCAUAUCAAAAAAAAAUAAUAGAUUACUGUUUUGUUAUGCGGUUCUACUCCGUUACACACCUGUCAUACACACAGAGGCCGAAUAAACUUUUUCAAUUUUAUUAAAUGGAAGCAGAAUAAAUACUUAACAAAAUUCUCGAAGUAUGCUUAGUGAUUUCGACUAAAAUCGUCGAUUUAGGACUUUAAACUGGCUAAGUGUCUGUUCUCAAGCGGAGCUAACUGUAGACAGUUUAGUAUGCUAUGAGAAAGUAUGUGAUAAAAAAAAUAGAUGACAUAAACUUUUUAUUCUAAUUAAAUAGGGCAGCCUGUACAGCAAUAAUUUCAAAUUUCAAAAAUUUAGUUUUAAUGUCACUCUUUGAUUAGAUUCCCAUUCCCUGAAAUGUGUGCCCCGGGACGUGUGCUAUCUGAUAAAUGUCACAAAUCACGUAAAAUUCAAAAGAUGAUAAUAAUAGACCUAUAUGAUAAUAGAUAAUGUUAUUAAAGGUGUGAAACUGUUUUAAUGUAGUGUGAAACUGCUAUUUUAUAACUCGGACAUUUACGUCUGACAAAUGUUAAUAAAUGACGUUACAAAAGAAACAGAAAAUGUCGGUAAACUAUAAGCACAACAAUGAGAGUGUGAAAUGGCAAGGAAUGAAAUUGCCCAAAAGAAAGCUUUCAGAAAUGUUUCCAAGACAUUGAUAUUUAUUUGAAAUGUUUCCAAGAGACAUAUUUAUUUGUAAAUUUGAGAUUCGUGUUGAAGAUGUAUAUUUAUGAAAAUGUGAUAUGUACAUAUUAAAAUAUAUUUUAAUUGUUUGAUCUGUGUGUAAGUAUUUGAGCACAUUAUUUGUAAAUUAUGUCGAUAAAAUAAUAAA